AAGGCGCGCCCGCGGCCGGCCGCUCCCCUCCCGCUGCCCAGCUGCUGCCCGGCUCCUCGCGGCGCGUGCAAGGGAACACGGACCCCCCGAGCCGGCACCAUGCGUGAGAUCGUGCACAUCCAGGCGGGCCAGUGCGGCAACCAGAUCGGCGCCAAGUUCUGGGAGGUCAUCAGUGACGAGCACGGCAUCGACCCCACGGGCAGUUACCAUGGAGACAGCGAUCUGCAGCUGGAGCGGAUCAAUGUAUACUACAACGAGGCCACUGGGAACAAGUAUGUCCCCCGGGCCAUCCUGGUGGACCUGGAGCCUGGCACCAUGGACUCGGUCAGGUCGGGACCCUUCGGCCAGAUCUUCAGGCCCGACAACUUCGUGUUCGGCCAGAGUGGCGCCGGCAACAACUGGGCCAAGGGCCACUACACGGAGGGCGCGGAGCUGGUGGACUCGGUCCUGGACGUCGUGAGGAAGGAGUCGGAGAGCUGCGACUGCCUGCAGGGCUUCCAGCUCACGCACUCGCUGGGCGGGGGCACGGGCUCGGGCAUGGGCACGCUGCUCAUCAGCAAGAUCCGCGAGGAGUACCCCGACCGCAUCAUGAACACCUUCAGCGUCAUGCCCUCGCCCAAGGUGUCGGACACGGUGGUGGAGCCCUACAACGCCACCCUGUCAGUGCACCAGCUGGUGGAGAACACAGAUGAGACCUACUGCAUCGACAACGAGGCGCUGUACGACAUCUGCUUCCGCACCCUCAAGCUCACCACGCCCACCUACGGCGACCUCAACCACCUGGUGUCGGCCACCAUGAGCGGCGUCACCACCUGCCUGCGCUUCCCCGGGCAGCUCAACGCCGACCUGCGCAAGCUGGCCGUGAACAUGGUGCCCUUCCCGCGCCUGCACUUCUUCAUGCCCGGCUUCGCGCCCCUCACCAGCCGGGGCAGCCAGCAGUACCGCGCCCUGACGGUGCCCGAGCUCACCCAGCAGAUGUUCGACUCCAAGAACAUGAUGGCCGCGUGCGACCCGCGCCACGGCCGCUACCUGACCGUGGCCGCCAUCUUCCGCGGCCGCAUGUCCAUGAAGGAGGUGGACGAGCAGAUGCUGAACGUGCAGAACAAGAACAGCAGCUACUUCGUCGAGUGGAUCCCCAACAACGUGAAGACGGCCGUGUGCGACAUCCCGCCGCGGGGGCUCAAGAUGUCGGCCACCUUCAUCGGCAACUCCACGGCCAUCCAGGAGCUGUUCAAGCGCAUCUCGGAGCAGUUCACGGCCAUGUUCCGCCGCAAGGCCUUCCUGCACUGGUACACGGGCGAGGGCAUGGACGAGAUGGAGUUCACCGAGGCCGAGAGCAACAUGAACGACCUGGUGUCCGAGUACCAGCAGUACCAGGACGCCACGGCCGACGAGCAGGGCGAGUUCGAGGAGGAGGAGGGCGAGGAGGAGGCCUGAGCAGCCCCGCUGGCUGGCGGCAGGUUAGGGACAGCUGACAAGGAAGCUUGGGGGUGGGGGGGUCGCUGGAGAGCGCCUCGCUUCGGCGUGGAAGGGAAGAAGCAUGUCCUGGUGCGCCUGGUUCUCUGGUGCUCUUUUCUGUUCUCCUUUUGUAACACUGACAUCCAUGUAACCUUUGAGAUAUUCCUGACCUACUGUUGUAAUGACGAAAGUCACAUAAAUGUUUGUGUCCUGA